GGCCGGAGCUUGCACGCCAGCGCAUUCUCGACAUCUACCACGCACACCACAGCAGCAGCACAACGGGCGGACGAACUCUACAUCAUGUCUGCGCCCGCGUCCCAGUACCGGGACCGCCAAUUCCUCGCCGUCAUCGGCGAUGAAGACUCCGUGACGGGGCUGCUCCUCGCGGGCGUCGGUCACGUCACGCAGCCGCCCGACAACCAGAAGAACUUCCUAGUCGUGGACCCGAAGACCGAGACGGCGGCCAUAGAAGCCGCGUUCGACAAGUUCACGAAGGAGCGCAAGGAUAUCGCUAUUGUGCUCAUCAACCAGCACAUCGCUGAGCGCAUACGUCACCGCGUCGACACGUACACGCAGGCUUUCCCCUCGCUGCUCGAAAUCCCCUCGAAAGACCACCCGUACGACCCGGAGAAGGACAGCGUGCUCAAGAGGGUUAGGAGGCUGUUCGGCGAGUAGGCGUCCUCUGGCAGUAGCGGUGGUGGUGGCGAGGUUUCGUUUUCAUGUGCUUCCGACAGAGAGCAGAGCAGACACGAUCAAUAAUGGACUGCCUUGUACAGUUUAAGACAAUAUACCCAUAUCGACUGACAGCGGAGAGGUCGUGGC